UAAGGGACACAGCCAAAUCUGCCAAGACCCCUUUCUUUUAUUUAUUAUUUGAUGAAAUAAAAAUAUUAUUAUUAUUAUUAUUAUUGUUAUUAUUUAGUAUUGAACCUCAUAUAUUUCUUAGAAAACAAUAAAAACUCAAAUGGUUGUGGACACACAGCCAGAAAAUCCAAGCAUGGCCCAAUUCGAACCCAGAGAAAAAGAAAAUGAAAAGGAAACCGAUUAUAGAGGCCCAAAUGAUCCAAAAUAGGGGGGAUGAAGAAGUAGAAAGUUGUCGGUUUGUUUGGCGGGCAUCAAAAUUCAGAGCCGAAGAAGAAAAAUGAAAAGCAAACAGGAUCGCUCAAGCAGAAGAAGAAGAUGAAGAGCUUUGAAGGCGCUUCGGUGAUUGAAGAAGAUCAAACUCAGAAACACAGAGGAUAUGGGUGCAAAAAUUUGGAAAUACAAGGUAAACUCUAACUGCUGAAAUGCAAGGCAAAAUCUGUUUCCAGUUUCAACUAUGAAGGCAAAGACCCAUUGGUAGUAAGCGAUUAUACUACUCCCAUUUUCAUAUAAAGAAGGAUCCAUUAAACAUACUCUACUAUACUUGUAAGAAGCGCUUUUACUCUGUUUAAAGUGGCAUGGAUUUAAACAUUUCUGAAGCACUCCUAAAUUGGCACAUAUUAACUUGAGGUGUGCAUAUCUGUACAUAGCAAUUGCAUGAUCGGUCUGGAUAACGGACAAAUUGUCUUUAACCCUAUAUUGGUUUAGCUAGUGAAUAACAAUAUCCUCGAACUAAAAACAUGUGAAACUUGAGAUUCUUUAAUUGUGUUCUGGUACCUACAGGGUACUGGUCACUUGUUUUGGUAAGGUUUGAUUUCAGUCAUUUCAAAAACAUACUAUCAACAGUUGACUUCUCUUUAUUUUCCUUUUAUAGUUAACAUGUUGAUCAUUGUUUGUGGAAUUAUGUAUUGGUAGAUCCAACUUGAAGCAUAAAUCUAGAAGGCAACUCCUUUUCAAUGCAUUCUCAAUUAAAUGACCGUACUGACAACUGCAAAUUGUAGAGCUUGCUCUUUAAAAAGCAAUUACAUAAAUAGAAAUUAAGGCUAAAAGAUUAUCAUUUGUCCUUAACAAACAUAAAUUUUAGCCAGCAGAGAAUAUUAAAGAUAUAGAUUAGUGUAGUGCUAUUUGCUUCUUUAAUUGGUUCCUUUGACAACAGACUUUACUAGUUUAAUCUGUUUUUAUCAUUCUCAUUACAAGCAUUACUUGUGAUCUUCAGUUUUGCAUAGCCCUGUACUUGUUUAUACAUUUAUACACACUGAUGUAUAGAUUCAAAUAUUCACAUCUUUUUUUUAACCAAAAAAAAAAAAAAAAAAAAAAAAAAAAAAAGAGAGGAAAAAAACGAUUGAAAUGAUGAAUUCAAACUAAUCCAGAUGGAACAAAUCCUAUCCCCAUUUUGUAAUGGGCCAGCCUAGGUAAAAAUGAUGUCUUCACAUAAUCAUGGAAUAUAUUUUAAAAUAACCAUUAUAUGUGAAUCCGGCGAGGAAGCUAUUCAUUUUUAAGAAAAUAAAUAGAAAUAUUACAAAAAAGAUCCAGAAGAGUAGAAUUCAAGUAAAUUUUCAUUCCAUAUGAUGUCAUGUGACACCCCUUAGUCUUAUUCAAAAAUGAUAACUGGAGUUAAACCUGGUAUGUGGGUUUUAGGAGUGUUAUCUCCCUUUCUGUAGACUUUGGUGUCCUUGUUGGGUGAGUCAUCUGAUCCACAGUACAUAUUUGGCCACAUGCAAGGAAUUUACCCACAUUUAUCCACCAUGAGUUAGGUUGAUUUCUGUGAACCAUAUUUGGAAAAAAAAGGUUGAGUCGACUUUGAUACAUUUAGAACAACUUAGAUUCUUGGCCAAAAGUACUAGCUAAAAGUCAACCUUUGGGUUUAUAGGCUCUAGCGAACUCUCCAUGAUCUCCCCGAUGCAAACUUGAUGUAGAACUCAGGAUAUCACAUAUAAUAUGUACAAAGUUCCCUUAGAAAUCAUGUGUUAUGCUCAAAUUCACUUAAGCGUUUCCUUUUAAAAUAUUGAAGCUAAAAAAGAUGUAUAAAAGAUUUUGGUGUUUCUGUAAUUUACCCUGUGAAUAUAUAUUUAUACAUAUAUAUUCUUGGUAGAUUAAUUGUAAUUUUCAUUUUUUGCACAUUUAAGUAGUGGAUGAUUUAUUUUUUGUCCUGAUGUUCAGUAGAGUUGAAAACUGGGGUUUAGUUAUUUUGUUGUCAAAAUGGUUGUAUUGGUUUUACUUUAAAACACCAACCUAUACAAAUACACGUGAAUGUGAGAUUUUAAUUGAAUUGUCUCUCUCCAAACUUUACAUGAGUAAGAGAUGCUUGUCAGAUAUGGCAAGUGCAAGUAAAUGUUUUAAUAAUCUUCUGCUCUUAUAAGACAGUUGAUGCCCUUUCAUCUAUUGCAGCUUUCAGGGUCUAUUGAUUUCUUAAUUAAACCUUGUCAGAUUGAUAUGUGUGACGUAACUUACAUUUCUCUUCAAUGAUCUCAACUUUUAAUGCUUACAAUGAGUUUCUCUUUUGAUCUCAUUGAGAUGCGAUUGUGGAGCGAUGAUGUAAGCACGUGUUUUAGAAGUAGUGAAUAUCAGUAUGAAUCCUUCAGUGUGCCUCAUUUCAUUCUAUGUUUUCUAGCAAUUUCCUUCUUCCAAAUUUACCCCUUAACAGAUGCAAAGAGUAUGUGACAGGUUGUUUCAUGGCUCUGGAGUUUCAGGAGCGGUGAUAACAAUAGUAUGACAUUUGUUUUGCAAGGUGUUCAUGCUUUGUCUAAAUGUUAAUGCCUAUCCUCAAUGAAGAUCGUUCUAGAUAGGAUUGUAAAAGCUUUUAUUGCAUGGUGCUUUUUUCUGGCAACUUUAUUUUUCCCCUUUUUUUCCCCAUUUAUGCCUUCUAUGUUUUCUUUUCUUAAAUGACUUUUAUUAGAAUUGUCGUUUGCAUUAAUUAGUCUCAACCAGUAUGAAUUGUAUCCGCCCCUAGAAUGGAUAUAAAUGGAGGAAAGGAGGAGUGAAUUCUUCAUCACUAUUUUGGUCUUGAACUCGCUAGACAGAAACCACAUUCAGGGUCACUUUCCUUUCACUGCAACAAUGAAUUUUCUUUUGACCUCCAAUAGAGCAAAUGUUAGGAAGCAGGCGCGCAGACAUUCCUGCUCGUAUUGCCCGAAAGUGUUCACUAAUCAUCAGGCUCUAGGUGGCCAUCUAAGGGCUCAUCAAGAUGAGAUCAAUCUAAGGCGGAGCUUGAAUUAUUCUGGUAAUUCCAGUAAUUGCUUGAAUACCACUGUCGCUCUUCCAAAUUGUCUAAUGAAAACUCAGCCUGUAAAUUCCUCUGAAGUGUCUGGGAAAAGUACAAACGCAAUUUUCUGGAGAGCAACACCUCCUCUGGAAUCCUGCAAGAGUUUCUGCACAAAUGAAAAUGGCUGGGUGGAUGUAAGCAAGUUUCCAGAGAACAAUGCUGGAAACACCAGCUCUCAGUCUCAAUUAUCUGCAAACUUUUCAUCUGGCAGUGGCAGUUCUGAAAUCCAUAAUCACAACUUCUUAUCCUCUGCCACAUCUACUACACGAUGUACCCCUGCUCCUUCUAGUUUCCCUCCAGAUCCUUUGUUCACUCUGGGCUACAGUGGAGUUUGUCAGUUUAACACUGACCAAUUUCGAUCUUUUAGGGAUGGUAUGCCAUUCUCUGGAAAUAUCUUGCCAAACUUUCAGCCUCUCAAUCCUACUAGCCUUCCAUAUCCUGCCUAUGCUAUAGCUGUUCCUGAUCCAUCUCUUGGCUCAUAUCAGUUGCCUGACUUUAAGGAAUCUACUGGUAUGGUUUCAUUACCUGCCUGUCAAAAUCUAUGUUCAGGCCAUGAUGAUUUUGAGCAGUAUAACAAAGGUAGCAUCUUAACUCCUGAAGGUAAGAGGUACUCCUUUGCUCAGAUGAUGACCAUACCAAAACGACCUAAGAUCAGCUGCAACUUGACUAUGAAUACAGAGAAGCCUCAGCAGAAAGAACUUCUUCUUUUGAAAGAUAUGGAGAACUUCCAUUCUGGUUUUGGAAUGUCUAAUGAUGCAAAAGAAGGAUGCCAAACUGAUCUGGAUCUAUCUCUACAUCUUUAGUUUUGUAUCUUCUUCCUUAUAAUUAUGUUUCUAGUAGCAAAUGCUUAGAAGUGGAUAUAAGCUAAAGAAAUGCUCUCCCCAACCACCACCCCUCUUUUGUUUUCUUUCCUUUUCAAUGCAUUUUUCGUUUAAUCCCUGUAAGACGCUUGAAGUAUCUAUGCACCCUUAAUUUGUGUUCCCA